AUGCUCUUCUCUGCGCCCACGCGGCUCAACUUUAUUGUCGUCGGUCUCGUCAUUACCGCUUUUAUCCUGUUCUAUAGCUCCUUUCGCCCUCCCCGCCCCGAAGCGCAAGAUGUCCUUGAUUCUGCAGACGCUGACGCAACCCCUACCCUCCUCGAGGCCUCGCAAGCGUAUUCUCCUCCCAGAAAGACCCAGACCGACGAGGUAGCGUACCGGGUUCAACCAGAUGACUUCGCCCCUCGAGUGCAGAAUGAAACACUGGGCUUUCAAGAGAUAUACAUGAUUUCAUUACCUGGAAGGACGGACAAGCAAGAUGCUUUUGCCAUGCAAGCAGCCUUCUCCGAAAUCUCUUAUACACAAGUGGAUGGAGUGUACGGUCAUGAAGUUCCUGUCAAGGCACUACCUCACACCAUGAGCCAAAGUGCCAAUGUCAUCGGUUGUUGGCGCGCACAUUUGAAUGUCUACCAGAAAAUGGUGCACGACAAAGUUUCAUCAGCUCUGAUCUUUGAGGAUGACGCCGAUUGGGACGUCUCCCUUAAAGAGCAACUGGUCCAGUUCGCCCGAGGCUCGAGAUUCAUCACCAACACUUCAGAGGAUGCAUUUUCCCAUUCGCCGUAUGGGCAUGAUUGGGAUAUACUGUGGAUUGGACACUGCGGCACCUGGGUUCUUCCAGCCGACAACCGUCGAUUCUUUGUCAUCCCAGACGACUUCACCGUCCAGCCGCCUGAAGCUCGCGUCGAUAAUGUCGACCAACCCGACAUGAGUCACUGGGAAAGUGGCCCUCAUGGCAACAACCGCACGAGAAUAGUCUUCCAUUCAGAAGGAGGAGUCUGCACGGCGGCAUACGCCAUUUCCCAAAAAGGCGCACGGAAAGCUCUCUACUACCUCUCCAUGAUACCCUACAACAGCCCAGUGGACUGGGGUUUGGCCACUCUGUGCAAGAACAAAGAGUACGAGUUCAACUGCGUAUCACCAUGGCCGCAACUUGUCGGGGUCUCCCGACCAACAGCGAACACGGCCAAGUGGAGCGACAUCGGAUAUGGUCCGGACUCGGAGAGAGUGGUCGAGGAAGGGAGCUCGCUGCAUCUGGUCUAUCCCAUGCGGCAAAACAUUCCCAACUUCCUGCAUGGAAAAACGGUAUUCCGCAGUCAGUAUCCUGACAUCGCACCACCGAUGAGUAUCAAGGAGAUUGGGAAGGCGGUUGGUCACGUUGAAAUUCUGGAACCUCAGCCUCUACCCGAACACGGAUGA